CCUGCCUCGUCACCCCCAGCUACUCCCCCGGCCGCCCCGUCAGAACCCCGCCCCCGAGGCUCAGGCGGAACGCUCUCUGGCCACGCCCUAAGCCCGCCCCCUCCCGAGCGCUGCCUAAGCGCCGCCCCGCCUCUUCCGGGUCUCUGCGGAAAGCGGCCGCGUGCCUUUUUCCUGCCGUGCCGCCGUCACCGCCGCGUGCCGACCCCCCCCCCCCCCCCCCCGGCCGCUCGCGCCAUGGCCUACCCGGCCGAGGACUACGACACCGAGGACACCUACACGUACCAGGGUGACUAUGACAUGCACACAGGAGACCCCAAACAGGAUCUAGCCUAUGAACGCCAAUAUGAGCAACAGACCUACCAGGUGAUCCCUGAAGUGAUCAAAAACUUCAUCCAGUAUUUUCAUAAAACUGUUUCGGAUCUGAUUGACCAGAAAGUGUAUGAGCUUCAGGCUAGCCGUGUCUCCAGUGAUGUCAUUGAUCAGAAGGUGUAUGAGAUCCAAGAUAUCUAUGAAAACAGCUGGACCAAACUGACUGAAAGGUUCUUUAAGAAUACCCCCUGGCCAGAGGCAGAGGCAAUUGCACCACAGGUUGGAAAUGAUGCUGUCUUCCUGAUUCUGUACAAGGAGCUCUACUACAGACACAUCUACGCCAAAGUCAGUGGUGGCCCCUCUCUGGAGCAGAGAUUUGAGUCUUAUUACAACUACUGCAAUCUCUUCAACUACAUUCUGAAUGCUGAUGGCCCUGCUCCUCUGGAACUACCCAACCAGUGGCUGUGGGAUAUCAUUGAUGAAUUCAUCUACCAGUUCCAGUCGUUCAGCCAGUACCGCUGCAAAACAGCCAAGAAGUCUGAAGAAGAAAUUGAUUUCCUUCGGUCAAACCCCAAGAUUUGGAAUGUCCACAGUGUCCUCAAUGUGCUGCACUCCCUGGUGGACAAGUCCAACAUCAACCGUCAGCUAGAGGUCUACACCAGUGGAGGUGAUCCUGAGAGCGUGGCUGGAGAGUACGGUCGUCACUCCCUCUAUAAAAUGUUGGGCUACUUCAGUCUUGUGGGGCUACUGCGCCUCCAUUCACUGCUGGGGGAUUACUACCAAGCCAUCAAGGUUCUGGAGAACAUUGAGCUCAACAAGAAGAGCAUGUAUUCCCGGGUGCCAGAGUGCCAGGUCACCACCUAUUACUAUGUGGGCUUUGCAUACCUUAUGAUGCGGCGUUACCAGGAUGCCAUCCGUGUCUUUGCCAACAUUCUCCUUUACAUCCAGAGGACAAAGAGCAUGUUCCAGAGGACUACCUACAAGUAUGAAAUGAUUAACAAGCAGAACGAGCAGAUGCACGCCCUUCUGGCCAUUGCUCUCACCAUGUACCCCAUGCGAAUAGAUGAGAGCAUCCACCUGCAGCUGAGGGAAAAAUAUGGGGACAAGAUGCUGCGUAUGCAGAAGGGUGACCCACAGGUGUAUGAGGAGCUCUUCAGCUAUGCCUGCCCCAAAUUCCUCUCCCCUGUGGUCCCCAACUAUGACAAUGUGCAUCCCAACUACCACAAGGAGCCCUUCCUGCAGCAGCUGAAGGUAUUUGCAGAUGAGGUGCAGCAGCAGGCCCAGCUGUCCACCAUCCGCAGCUUCCUGAAGCUCUACACUACUAUGCCUGUGGCCAAGCUGGCUGGCUUCUUGGACCUCACGGAGCAGGAGUUUCGCAUCCAGCUGCUGGUCUUCAAACACAAGAUGAAGAACCUGGUCUGGACCAGCGGCAUCUCAGCCCUGGAUGGGGAGUUCCAGUCAGCCUCCGAGGUUGACUUCUACAUUGACAAGGACAUGAUCCAUAUUGCAGACACAAAGGUUGCUCGGCGCUAUGGGGACUUCUUCAUCCGCCAGAUCCACAAAUUUGAGGAGCUGAAUCGAACUCUGAAGAAGAUGGGCCAGAGACCCUGAAACAUCUGCUCAUGCAGUCACCAGGCUGACCAGCUAUGUGGAGGGGGAGGGAAAAUUAUUUUAUCUGCUGUGGGAGAGGGGAGUUAAGGAUUGUUGCAUUUCUGGAAUCUCCUGUGGCACUGACAUUUCUUACUUUGCUAAGCAGGUCGCUCAAUCAUACCACCAAACAAAGGACUGAGAUCAUCUAAUAAACAAUUUAAAAUCUC